AUGCUAAAUCGCCGGCGGACGCUGCCUCUCCCCAACGGGCCAGUCAACAAAAGAACUCCUGACAGCGGAAUAUUCGGCACGGCUUCCCGGGUGUCUACUGACGGAGGCAACAUCGCCAAGAGCCUUGGUGGGAGUCUCAAGCGAGUGUGUAGCCUUAGGGGAAAGUCAAGAGCAGGAGGAGUAGAAGAAGGAGGCGAAGAAGAAAGUACCGCAGGGGACGCAACAGGAGGAGGUAGUGGGAGAGGUAGAGAAGGUCGAGGAAGCUUCAGAGACACGACAACGUCCACCAGCUACCGGCGAGGAGGGGCGGCGGCGGUAGUGACCACGACGGGGCCUCCACCUCGCUACCAGAUCUCAGAGUACACCUUCGAGAGAGAACAACCUGACUCACCCUUUUCUGACGAGAAGGACAACGAAGACAAGAAGAAAGGCUGGGAGAGGUACACGUGGCGCCACUGGUGUGUGUUGGCGGCACUGCUGCUGCUCAGUGGGGGGGUGGUGCUGGCCGUGGCUCUCCCCCUCGCUGCCAGGAGUGACUCUCUCCCUCACCCUCACAACGCCCUCGCCCGUGUCCACCGCAUCCUCAGUACCGUCCCUCUCAUUGAUGGACACAACGACCUGGCCUGGAACAUCCGUAACUUCGUGCACAACAAGUUGGAGAAGGUGGACAUGUCCCAGAACCUGAGUAGGGUGGAGCCUUGGGGCAGCUCCCCCUGGUCCCACACCGACCUGGCCAGACUGAGGCAAGGCAGAGUCGGGGCGCAGUUCUGGGCGGCGUAUGUCCCGUGUAAGGCGCAGUAUCUCAACGCGGCGCAGGUGACGUUAGAACAGAUCGACGUCAUCAAGCGCAUGAUAGCUCGUUACCCACAACACCUGGGAUACGCUCAGUCCUACGCCAGUUUGAUGGAGGUGUACAACUCAGGACGCAUCGCCAGUCUGCUGGGGGUUGAGGGUGGCCACCUGAUGGGCGCCAGUCUGUCUGUCCUCAGGAUGUACUACGACCUGGGCAUCCGUUACCUCACCCUCACCCACACCUGCAACACCCCAUGGGCAGACUCCUCACUCGCUGACUCCCCCAACAACGACGACGAGAACUUCGGCCUCAACGACUUCGGCUCCAAAGUGGUGUUGGAGAUGAACCGACUGGGGAUGCUGGUAGAUCUGUCCCACGUCUCACAGCAGACCAUGAGGGACGCCCUGGCUGUGAGUCGCGCCCCUGUCAUCUUCUCUCACUCCUCAGCUCAAGCUCUCUGUCACCACUCCCGCAACGUGCCUGACGAUAUCCUUAAACAAGUGCACUUAAAUGGUGGGAUCGUGAUGGUCAGCUUCUACAACUACUUCCUCACCUGCAACGACUCCGCCAGUGUCCACGACGUCGUCCGUCACAUUAACCACAUCAGGGAGGUGGCGGGGUUGGACCACGUCGGUGUUGGAGGCGACUUUGACGGCAUCAACAAGACGCCACAGGGUCUGGAGGACGUCAGUAAGUAUCCUUUACUCCUGGCUGAGGUGCUAAAGGACCCCCGCUGGUCUGAGGACGACGUCGCCAAGCUCGCCGGCGGCAACUUCCUGAGGGUGCUGCAGCGAGCCGAGGAGGUGAGAGAGGAGCUGAGGUCUACGCCGCCCUACGAGGACCACAUACACCCCGACCAUCUGGCUGGGCGUCGCUCCUGCUGGUAUACGUGACGUAGCCUCCCCUUUAGGUACCCCUCCGCUCUCCUCCUCCUCUCCUUCCUCCUCCUCCUCCCUCACCUACUACACUUCUCUUGGAGGCAGAAGAGAGAAAUCCAGGUAGAUGAUGAUGAUGGUGUUGUAGGUGAUUUACUAGUAGAAGCGUAGUAGUGGUAGUUGUAAUGUAAGUGUAGUAGUAGUAGUAGUAGUAGUAG